UAUUUAGACUUUUAAUUAAGAUUAACAUUUGCCUAUUGUAAGUGUUACUAUCUGAUAAGACAAAUGCUAGAUUUUUUUCCUUUUAUUAUCAACUAUUAUAUAUGUAUUUAUAUAUGUAUACACACACACAGAGAGAAAAGUACAGAUACACACACACAUCACACAAAGUUUAAUAAGUAAAUUAUAAAGCAAAUUCCUGUGUGACCCCAGGAGCUACAGCAGCCAUACUAGGCUUUUGAGCAGGAGUGACAAGAUAAGACCUGACAGGGUGGCCAAGGGGACUUGGGGAGGCAUCUGCAUCUUCCUGGUGAGGCAGGUUCAGGUUCAGGCAGGUUUGUGGCUUGGAGCAUGUGCUGGUGGGAGAGGAGGAGCUGAGGGGACGGGCCGGCGGGCCCCCGGGUCUGCUGGUAGGCUUAGAUGGCUGAAGGAGCCCAUCGAGGGGACCGCUGGAACGGGGCUGGCCGGCUGAGCUGGGCGGAGCAGGAGCGUGGUUUGGGGACCCUAGGCGGGGCAUGUCUUGGACCCCGUGGUAGGGCUCUCCUGGACAGUGGGGUGGAGAAGCUGGGCCUGGGCAGGCAGGGCUGAGGAGGCAGCUCCGGGAAGACAGCCGAGCGCUUCCCUCCCCACUCCUGGCCCCAGUUUGGAGCGCAGCUGGGAGCAGCUGGGGCGCCCGCCAGCCGCACUGUGUCUUUAAGAGGCCCCGCAUCUCUCCUUCCUGCCUCUGACGUCAGGGGUAGGGGAGGGCCGAGGAGAUUCGCUUUACUUUUCCUGGAAAGGGGAGGAGAUUGAAACCGAGUGACCUCAUGAUGGAAAGGGGAAGUCCGGGGGUGCAGGAGGCCCCUAAGUGAAGGUGGAGGCUAACAUGGGGUUCGGAACGACGGUGGCCGUCGGGCUGACCAUCUUUGUGCUCUCUGUCGUCACCGUCAUCAUCUGCCUCACCUGCUCCUGCUGCUGUCUGUACAAGAUGUGCCGCCGACCGCGCCCGGUCGUGACUACCACCACGGCCACCACAGUAGUGCACACCCCUUACUCGCAAGCUCCAAGUGUGCCGCCCAGCUACCCCGGACCAACGUACCAGGGCUACCACCCCAUGCCCCCCCAGCCAGGGAUGCCAGCAGCGCCGUACCCCACGCAGUACCCACCACCCUACCUGGCCCAGCCCAUGGGCCCCCCCGCCUACCAUGAGACAGUGGCUGGAGGUGCAGCCAUGCCCUACCCUGCAAGCCAGCCUCCUUACAAUCCAGCCUACAUGGACCCCCCGAAGGCGGCCCCCUGAGCACAACAUUGCAUCUCUGGCUGCCACUUGAUCUGUCAUGUGUGUGUGAAUGGGUAUGCAGGCACGGUCCUUUUCUCCCUGUGCGUGGUGUGUGUGUCCUGUUUGUACAUGAGGCUUCUUGUGAUCAAUGAGGGGCUGGGAACAAUUCUUGCCAGAGUUGCUGGGACCACACUCUGUUGCCUUCCUCACUCGAAAUUAUGCUUCCUGAAAUCUCAAGCAAAAUUCAAAGAACAGUUCUUUUCUAGACCACCCCCGGGAGAGCAAGUGGGGCUUGUCACACUAGGAUAGUACAGACUUUUGCCGGCAGGAUGCACACGUGUUCCAGUUUCUGCAGAAUGGCUAGCCAUUGCUCAAGGCCAUGGCUUGUCCCCAGGCUUGUCUUUGAAGAACCCGAGGAUGAUGCAGGCAGGUGGGUGAGGCUUGGGAACUGGCUACAGGUGGGUCUCAACCCUUAUGCAUAGCUCCCUGAGCCUGUGCCAUGCCCAGUGGAGGGUGGGCAGCCUCCUGAUAUCAAAACGCCUCAGGCAGAACCCCACCCUCCCCUGAGCGCUGUCUGCCUGGUCUGUGUUCUUGCAUCCCUCCUGGGACCACCUGGAGGCCCACAUUUACCCUCCGUCUGGCUGCCCUGGUUGGCUCUGGCCGCCACCUUAAGUGGGCAGGGUGGCCUCUGUCCACCUACACACUCAGGUGUCCUCCCUGCAGUGUUUUUGUUUUACUUUUAGCUAAGUAUUUUGCCUGUUUUCUGUUUCAAAAUGUGUGUAAUAGUUGUGUGAGGCUGAAACCCCUGGGUCCUGGAGGAAAAUUGCCCCAGAGAGCAGAGGAACUCUGAUGUCUGAUAGUCCCUGCUUCCCCAGCACCAGCCUCACAGGCUUUCCAGCUCCUGUACCCCAGGCCACAGUUUGUCUUGGCAGUGGGGACGCCUGGGCCAAGGUGUCGUCUGGACCAAAGGUGGAGGGGACCCUUGGUGGCUGCUCUUGGCCCAGACACAUACCUCGCUGUUCCCUAUCCCUCCGUUAACGUCUCACCACAUAGUAGCUUUGUACCUGUUGAUGUGUUUUGGAGUCUAGGGUCUGCACCCUUGUUUAUAAUAAAUCCAACUAUUUGGA